AUGGGCUGCAGAAGCGAAUCGGCGUCCACGCAUUGCGGCACCUGCGUGGUGGCGGGGAUGCCGGUGGAGCCGCGGGAGCUUCUCGCGAGCCAGCAUGCCACAACAUGGGUUGCCAACGAGGUUCACCCGACGAGCUUUCACUCCAGCUACUUACAUGCCAAUGCGAGCGGCUCGGUCUCUGGUUUUGUCAACCUCAACAAAAGCAGCAACGAGAACAUGUAUCUCGACGUCGCUCCGAUGAAUGGUUCCGCGCCGUCUGGUUCAGAUCCGAUAAACAAGGUAUGCGACAAGCUGAACCGGUGUGGGAAGAGGGUCGAUGAUGCUACCAGAAAAGCAGAGGCGCUCGUGGACAAUGUCUGGCAUCACCUAAAAUCUAGCCAUAGCAUCACAGACGCAGCAAUAGCACGGCUUGCUCAGGGGACAAAAAUGCUCAUAGAGGGGGGACGGGAUAAGGUAUUUGAACAUACUUUUGAGAUUCUGCCCGGAGAGAAGCUCCUGAAGACAUAUGCUUGCUAUCUAUCCACUUCCUCCGGCCUUGUCAUUGGGACACUGUAUUUGUCAACCAAGAGACUACUCUUCCACGGUGAUGAGCCUCUUUGCCAUUACGCUCCCUCGGGGCAGCAAGAGUGGGUGUGUUACAAGGUGGUUCUGCUGCUCGAUCAGUUGAGCUUUGUUAGUCCUUCUCCAAAAGGGUUGGAUCAUUCUGAAAAGUACAUCCAGGUCGUUUCGAGGGAUGGUUAUGAAUUCCGGUUCAUGGGUUUUGUAUCGUAUGAUAAGGCUCUCAAGAACAUAAAUGAGGCUUUACAGCACAAUCGUGAGAAUAACAUGGCUGGAAGGAUACAAGUACGGUCAGUGGCCAGAUGGGGGACGUGAUAUUCGACUGUACUCGAAUAAUUUUGCUCUGUGCGUGUGACUGCUAUGGAUA